GGUCGCGUCGACGGGCGGCCGGGAACCCGCUCCUCGCCGUACUGACGCUGACGCUCGAACACUGUUUACGCCGGCUUUUCCUAGUUUCUGAAUGCGCGCCGCAACCACCGGGCCGAUUUUUCUCUCUCACUCGUAUCUGACAGCUGUCGCGCGCGAAUUUCCCGCCGAGAGAGUCAGGUCGAAAGUUUUUGGCGCGAAAAGCGUAGUGGUAGACGAUGUCUCUCUGUGAACUCUAAGCUGUGGUUCGCGUUGCUAGAUGAGUUACCCCAUAAUGGAUGAUUGGGAGCGGCAUGUGACUCCCCUGCUCCAAGACAUGGGGUGUCCGAAUGAGGAGGCCCAAGAUGACUUCUUUAACCAGCAGGACUUGCUGGUGGGCAGCAGCGGGGCGGGUAACGGCGGAGCGGCAACUUCGCCUGAUGGAGGCUCAAGCUCCGCGCCGCCCCUAUCGCCUGGUGGCUCUGGGGUAGUCGGAGGAGCCCUAUCCCCAGGCGCGGGAAGCCAUGCCAGUACCCCUGCCGCAUCCUGCUGCGACACGCCAAGGCCUAUCAUCACCGACCCAGUAUCGGGACAGACGGUCUGCUCCUGUCAAUAUGAUGGAGCCAGGCUAGCAUUGACCUCGUAUCCAAGACUAUCGAGUGCAGCGGUUGGUGUUUACGGGGCCCCAUAUCCUUCAACGGAUCAGAACCCUUACCCCAGUAUCGGCGUCGACAGCUCAGCGUUCUAUUCACCAUUGAGCAACCCGUACGCGCUCAAGGAAAGCGGCGGCGAGAUGUCAGCGUGGACGUCAGCGGGCCUUCAACCCUCCGGCGGCUACUACCCUUACGACCCGACUCUGGCUGCGUAUGGAUAUGGUGCUGGGUACGAUUUAGCAGCCAGGCGAAAAAACGCGACACGAGAGUCGACCGCUACGCUGAAGGCGUGGCUGAACGAGCACAAGAAAAAUCCUUACCCGACUAAGGGCGAGAAGAUUAUGCUCGCGAUCAUCACGAAAAUGACCCUCACGCAAGUGUCCACAUGGUUCGCGAACGCGCGCCGGCGUCUCAAGAAGGAAAACAAGAUGACGUGGGAGCCGAAGAACAAGACCGAUGAUGACGACGAUACAAUGCUCUCCGACGAGGAGAAAGAACAGGAGGAUAAAAUAAAAACUAACAAAGAUGAGGAAAGGAAGGGCGACGAGUUACUGCAGGGGAUGCACAGCCAGCUGCUCGGUUAUGGAAUAAAGGAGGAAUCAAAGCGAGGAACUUCAGAUUGUGGAGUGCCAAUACCGGCGUCCAAGCCGAAGAUAUGGUCACUAGCAGAUACGGCAGCUUGUAAAACGCCACCACCCGCUGCUCAGCCCUGGCCGCAGCACGGUUAUGGACCUGGACCUGAGCGAGCUACAGCCGGCGACGGCAGUUCUAAUGGAUUCGCUUUACCCGCGACAGCGGCGGCCAGUCCGGCUAGUGGCUCUUACGGCCGGUACGGUGGCUUUCCUGGUGCCCAGUAUGGAGGCCAGCACCCUUGCGUGCACCCAGCUGCCUUUCCUGAUGUUCAAACAGACACUCCACCCCAGACGCCACCCAACAUGAAGGUGCCCAGCGUAGCAAACCCGCUCGGCAGUGGUGGUGGGUCCGGAUAUUGCUUCCCACGGCACCAACAGUCACCGCAGCGUGACCCCUACCACAACCCCCACCAUGCUAAUAACCACCAGCCCAACCAACAUCACAACGAGGGCUCAGCUGCCUUCAAACCCUUUUAUAAAAGGUAAGCCGAGUGAAACCUGCGUCGCUGCUCCGCCCUCGGCUAGGGCCUGUUGAAAUGGUCACAGUGGCACAGUGUUUCCUAUACGAUCGACGAAGCGAGCGAUUUAGAAAUGUUGACAUGUCCGUACAGAGACGAGACGCGUUACAAUGUAAAUUAAUUUCAUAAAAUUCGGUUAUCGUGUAGAAUAAUUAUUUUCAAAUUUCUAAAUUAAAAUGCACAGAUUAUUGUAAUGUAUAAAGUAACUUGUUGAUUUGUACUUAAAAAUUUAAUUUCUUGUGAUCUAGAUAACGGUUGUCCUUAGAAAUUAAAUCAUUGUAUUGAAAAAAAAAAAAAAACGGUUGCUCAGUAUUUUUAUAGACAUAAGAAUAUUCUGAAAAUAAUAUCCAAUUUAUUUAUGAUUCGAAUACACGAAACGCGC